AUGAGGCUGUUGCUUUCUGUUCUUCUUGGCUUCUGGGGAGCUUGCGCCUAUGCCUUGAGCAGCUCGGGAUCCCGGUUGCUGGUUGUUCUGGAGGAGGAGAAGAGCCUAUACUCGACGUUUUGGGCGGAUCUGGAAGGUCGAGGAUAUGACAUUACAUUUGAGUCGCCCAAGAACGAGAAGCUGUCGCUAUUCGAACUCGGAGAGAGAUCGUACGACCACGUUUUGAUCCUCCCACCAAAGUCCAAGGGACUCGGCCCGGCAUUGACACCUAAGCUGUUGGUUGACUUUGUCAACAGCGAUGGAAACAUUCUUCUUGCCCUUUCCGGCAAGUCGUCGACCUCGAGCGCUGUGAGCUCGCUUCUUCUCGAACUGGACCUCCACAUCUCCCCCGAUCGUUCGUCGGCUGUCGUCGACCACUUCAACUACGAUGUUCUCUCUGCCGCUGAAAAGCACGACAUCCUCCUGCUACCCCGUCCCAGCCCCCCGAGGCCGGAUUUGAAGCCAUACUUUUCAGGCGAUGGUGUGCUGGCAUUCCCCCGGCCAGUCGGCCAGUCUCUGGGCAACGCCAGUCCUCUGCUCGCGCCCAUCCUGCGCGCCCCGGAGACUGCUUACAGCUACAAUGUCAAGGAAGAUUCUGGCAGUGCUGAGGAUAGCUUUGCGACGGGCUCGCAGUUGGCCCUUGUGUCGACCCUGCAGGGCAGAAACUCUGCUCGUUUCACCGUUUUGGGAUCUGUGGAGGCUUUGGAAGACAAGUGGUUUUCUGCCUCUGUCCAGGGACCUAACGACAAGAAGGCAUCAAAGACUGCCAACCGAGAAUUUGCCAAAUACCUCACAGCAUGGACUUUCCAGGAAAUUGGUGUCCUCAAAGUUGGAAAGGUUGAGCACUAUCUCACCGACAAGGAGGGUAACAUCGAGGGCGAAGUGAACCCAAUCAUUUACCGUAUCAAGAAUGACAUUACCUUUGAGAUUGAACUCUCCGAAUACGAAUUUGACAAGUGGGUGCCGUUCGAAGCCGUCCCCGAAGACGAGGUCCAGCUUGAAUUCACCAUGCUUUCCCCAUUCCACCUCUUGAACCUGCAGCCCAAGACUCGUACCGAGAAUAGCACAAUCUUCAGCACCACCUUCACAUCGCCAGACCAACACGGAAUUUUCUCGUUCCGUGUCAACUACCAACGCCCAUACCUGACCUACAUCGAAGAGAAGCACGAAGUCACUGUCCGCCAUUUCGCGCACGAUGAAUACCCUCGCAGCUGGAAGAUUACUGGCGGCUGGGUCUGGAUCGCCGGGCUUUGGUCCGUCAUUGGCGGAUUCCUCGCUUUCGUGUUUGUCUGGUUAUACUCGGCGCCAUCGCCUUCGGCCGAGGCCAAGAUCAAAAAGGUAAAUUAG